UAGUUCUUUUUUACUCUACGCUUAAAAUAUAUCAUCCCCUUAACUUCUGUUUCGUUUUUUUUUUCUCUCUGCAGAAGCCGAAAAAUCUAUUUGCUUAAAAGCUAUUUGUCUGCUUCUGCUCUGUUGCAAAUUGAUAACUUCAAGGGAAAAGCGCAUUCAUAUCGUUUUUUUUUGAUUACUUAUAAGUUUUCUGUUGAUUUAUAUGAAAAUGGUGAUAUCUGCUAUAUGAAAUUUAUUUCCAACUAGUUAGCAGAAAGCAGAAUAAGUGGAUUGGUUCGGUUUGGUUUCAUAUAUUCAGGGAUAACAUAGUUGAGCUGUUGAAACGUGAUCAGGUUGAGUAGAAUGUGUUUUGAUUGAUAUUGUUGGUGAUCGGAUUUUUUUUCCGGCGGUUGUACGGUGGAUCGGAGUUUGGGUUUGAUAAAGGUGAAAGUAGUUGAGGAAGCGUGCGGGCGGGUGGGAACUUUUUUUUUUUUGGUUGGAUGAGAUUUUUGUUCACGUGAGGGUGUGAAAAAAUGCCGCAUAGAACGACUUACUUUUUUCCAAGGCAAUUUCCUGAUCGUGGGUUGGAUGCAUCUGCAAAGUUUGUUAAUGAUCACGAGAAGGAGAAGGAGAAGAAGAUCAGUGACGUUGAAGAUCGAAAAUCUUCUUCGAAAGAGAGAGAUGUUGUCGCGUCGAAACAGCUCAUAAGUGAUGUGAAAGAGACUGAUAACAAUAAUGAUGAUGCUACGUUUUCGUACGGGAACCGUGAUAAGAUUCACGGGAAGCAGUUGGCUGCUUUUGUGAACUGGCUGACUGAGAAAAAUAAGAAAGGGAAAUCGAUACGGAAUCACGUGAAGAUCAAAUUGGAUGAUGGAGAUACAGAGGAUGAACAUGAACUUUUGCUACCUGUUCCACCUGAAGCUGUACCGAUACAUGAAUUGCAGGUUGAUUGCCACGUGGCACCGCUAGAGCAGAAACAGCAGGGGACAUUUGAUCGGAAAGCUUCAUUGCAGAGGUUAUCGAGUAGUGGAAGCAAUUACAGUUGUGUGGGGAAGCAAUUUGAGAGACAAACUUCAUUGCAAAGGCUGUCGAGUUGGGGAAGUACUAGUUAUGCGGGGAGUUUGUUUUCAGGAACAACGGUGGAUGGGAACUGGCCGAGUACGGGAGUUAAAGACACGCAGACGUCGACGACAAGGGAAGUGGAGGAGGAAGUGGUGGGGCAGGAUGCGGAGGAGAGAGUUGAUAACGAAGAUACAUUGAUACAGAAGUCGAAGGAGAGCUAUUACUUGCAGCUGACGCUCGCUAAAAAGCUUGUAGAGCAAGCAAUGCUUGCUUCUGGAGAGCCUAUUCUUCUGCAGGAGUGCAAAAAUAUCAAGGGCCUUGGUGGAUCUUCUGAUGCUCAAACUGUAUCUUAUCGUUUAUGGGUGAGUGGUUCGUUGUCUUAUGCUGAUAAGAUUUCUGAUGGGUUUUACAACAUAUUAGGAAUGAAUCCAUAUUUGUGGGUUAUGUGUAAUGCCACAGAGGAUGGUAAACAAAUACCAUCUCUAAUGGCAUUAAAAGGGAUUGAACCCAGUGAGACAUCAAUGGAGGUUGUUCUUAUUGAUAGGCGUGGGGAUUCAAUGCUCAGGGAAUUAGAAGAUAAAGCUCAAGAAAUUUACUUUGCUGCUGAGAAUACAUUAGUCUUGGCAGAAAACCUUGGCAAGCUUGUCGCUGUCUAUAUGGGGGGCUCUUUUCCGGUGGAACAAGGUGAUCUUCAUCAGCGGUGGCAAGCUGUUAGCAAGAGAUUACAAGAUCUGCAGAAGUGCAUUGUGCUACCAAUUGGCAGUUUCUCCUCAGGACUUUGCAGGCAUAGAGCUAUUCUGUUCAAGAAAUUGGCAGAUUACGUAGGUUUGCCUUGUAGGAUAGCUCGAGGUUGCAAGUAUUGUGUCGCAGAUCACCGGUCUUCUUGUCUGGUAAUAAUUGAGGACGACAGAAGAUUGUCAAGAGAAUUUGUGGUUGAUCUUGUUGGGGAUCCAGGAAACGUACAUGGUCCAGAUUCCUCUAUCAAUGGAGGUGUAUUGUCUCGUGUGCCUUCACCACUUCAAGUAUCUCAUUUGACAGAGUUUCAACAACCUUAUAUGGAUAGUGACAUAAGUAAUCAGUUACUGCAUUCAAAUGACACAUUUGCUGCUCCAGAAAAUGCUUUGCAUACAGACCCCCAUGUUGAGAGUAAACAUGUGAAGGGAAUUGUUGUCAGUGAUAAGCCAAAAUUUCCAAAUGAUCCACUUUACCAACCUUAUCAAGCUUUGGAAGCUAAGCCAUGUGAAGUUCUUGUUGCGGCUGAAACAGCAGGAGAUGAGAAUUCUAGACCUAGAGAAGACAAAAUUAUUAUCAGGCAGACUUACAAGAAGGAGGUUGUUCUGUCCAAAAAUUCACCAUUGCAAUCUGGCAGACCGCCAAAAUCUACUUUAAUAGGCAAAAUGGAUGUAAUGGAGCCUGGAGGUAGAACUGGGAACCGUGAGAAACAUCCGACAACAACAAAUCCAAGAUAUCUGCAUCUUGAACCUUUUCUUGCAAUGGACUGGCUUGAGAUCUCAUGGGAUGAAUUACAUAUAAAAGAGCGUGUAGGAGCUGGUUCAUUUGGAACAGUACAUCGUGCUGAAUGGAAUGGAUCGGAUGUUGCAGUCAAGCUGCUUACUGUCCAGGAUUUUCAUGAUGAUCAGUUGAAGGAGUUUUUAAGGGAGGUUGCAAUCAUGAAACGCGUCCGUCAUCCAAAUGUGGUGUUGUUCAUGGGGGCUGUUACCAAACGCCCUCAUCUAUCAAUUGUGACUGAAUAUUUGCCCAGAGGAAGCCUCUACCGUCUGAUACACAGACCAGCUGCUGGGGAGUUGUUGGACCAGAGGAGACGUAUCCGUAUGGCUCUGGAUGUGGCCAAGGGUAUCAACUAUCUUCAUUGUCUGAGCCCACCCAUUGUGCAUUGGGAUCUGAAAUCUCCUAACUUGUUGGUUGAUAAAAAUUGGAACGUAAAGGUGUGUGAUUUUGGUCUCUCAAGAUUUAAAGCUAAUACGUUCAUAUCAUCAAAAUCAGUUGCUGGAACUCCUGAAUGGAUGGCCCCCGAAUUUCUCCGUGGAGAACCCUCAAAUGAGAAGUCUGAUGUCUAUAGCUUUGGUGUAAUAUUAUGGGAGCUUGUCACCAUGCAACAGCCUUGGAAUGGACUGAGCCCUGCGCAGGUAGUUGGUGCUGUAGCUUUCCAGAACAGGAGGCUCACUGUUCCACAGAACACUUCUCCAAUGUUGGCGUCUCUAAUGGAAGCCUGCUGGAAUGAUGACCCGGUACAACGCCCAUCCUUCGCUAGCAUUGUGGAUACAUUAAAGAAACUACUCAAGUCUCCACUACAGUUGAUUCAGAUGGGAGGAACAAUGAAGAGUUAAGAUACUCUCUCCACUUAUCUAGGAGAAGAAUAAAUUCAUCAUAGUUCGAAGAUACAUAGUUUACGUAACGCUGACGAAAUCCGGUAAAACUUUGCCCAACAACUGCAAAUAUGUUGGCUCUCUUCAACUUUUUGAAUGAUAACAAGCCUCUGUUAGUUCCAGUUAUAGAUAAAGAGGCAUUUCUAAAGCUGUUUAAUUUCUUGCAAGAAACUACUCUAAAACUUUGUCAACAACAAAUGUGAAAUUAUAAUUAUGUAGUAGUAUUUGGAGAAGUAUUUAUUCCCUGUAGAAGUCUAAGAUUAUGUAGCAUCCGGGGAAGUCUUUAUUCUAAUUGCAGCAAUAAUAAUAUAGAAAAUGUCAGUUAUUUAUGGUU